CAUGAGCACACAGCACGCACACCAGUUAAAUGAUUAACGACUUGAAAGGGGUUCACGUAUUUGUUAUGAAAUUGGUGGCAGAAUAACUUAUCAUAUGGUUCGUGAUUUGGCAAAUUUCAUCAAAGAAAAGAUUGCAGAUUUGUUAUCAUCUUCUACCUCCAUACCAUCUCAUCUCUGUCUUCGUUGUUCUCCCUUUUUCCUUGCGGCUGGUGGCAGCGUUCACGCCGGUGCUGUCGUCCUCGUCAUCAAAGUUUGAUUUGACAAUACCAUACCUGGGACGCUGCAACGGCCAACUCACCCUUCUCUAUUGCAAUUUUGGCUUCUGCGCUUCAGCAUUCUUCUUCUUCUGCGGCCUGCGAUUGCGACUUGCGACCCUUCUGCUAGCGACUGCAAGGUGUUCCUCUCCUGUGACAGAGAGAGAGAGAGAGAUGGGUUCUUCCCCUUCACCGGACAUAUACAUCCCAAAGCAAUGGUCGGAGGCUGCAGAUGCCAUUUUGUACAGUUCAAUGCCCCCUAUAGCUUUUAUAUGCGGUGCCAAGAAUUGUGGGAAGACAACUUUCUCCCGCCAUCUCCUAAAUGUCCUCUUGCCCACAUACAAGAAAGUAGCUUAUUUUGAUACUGAUGUUGGGCAACCAGAGUUUACUCCUCCUGGUUGUCUAUCACUAACCGUUGUUGACAAAGUAACUCCAGGUAGGGCAAUCGUAAUGAAUCCCUAUCAUAAUUUUUACAUAAAAAAAAUUAUUUUAUAUUUAUUCCAGAGUUAUUUAUGUUUCUUUCUUUCAUCUUUUUUUGUAACUAUUUUAGAUUUGACAAUUCCGUGCCUGAAAACACCAGAAAGGUGCCUUUUCUUUGGUGAUGUUUCUUCUAAGAGAGAUCCAUCAGCAUACUUAAAUUACGUGUUUGCUAUAUAUGAUUAUUACCGAAAGAAGUAUUGCACCCUUGAUAAGGGAGAAAAUCCAAUUAGGAUUGAGUUGCCUCUUAUUGUGAAUACUCCUGGCUGGGUGAAAGGUGUUGGUUAUGAUGUAUUAGUGGACAUGUUGAAAUAUAUUCGUCCAACAAAUGUAGUUAAGAUAAGCAUAUCCACUGAAAGUAAGAAUUUACCUGCUGGUGAAUUCUGGUUAGAUGGGGAACAUGAAGGAACAGUUAACUUAAUUGAGAUAAAUUCAGCUCGUCAAGACUCAUUAAAUAGAUCGGUGCUUGUUCAGAAGGAUGCAUGUCUCCUGCGUGAUUUACGAAUAAUGGCUUAUUUCAGACAAUGCUUUUCUAGUGAUUCAAAUAUUUCUACAAUCAAGGAACUUGCACACUCUUUGGCCUCUCAUUGUCCUUAUGAAGUUCCAAUUACAAGCAUAAAGAUUCAACAUCUUCAUUGUGAGGUCCCAAGCUCUGAAAUAUUCUACAGUUUGAAUGCUAGCAUUGUUGGCUUAGCAGUUGAUUCAGAAGGACCUGGAAAUUUACCUUGGUGUCUUGGUCUUGGGAUUGUGAGGGGCAUUGACACAGUCAAACGUGUGCUCUAUGUGAUUACACCUGUGCCGCAUAGUUCUCUGGAAAAAGUCAACCUUUUGCUACAGGGUUAUAUCCAAAUUCCUACUUGUUUAUUGCAGGUCCAGGGAUGUGUAUCACCUUACAUUUCAGCAAAUGCUUUGACUUGAAGCUAGUUAUUUUCUUGAGUUGGGAAAGACGACCAUUAUAGUAGUAGCCAACUCCAUAUAGUUAUUAUAGGUGCUUUCUUUCAAUGUUAGAAGCACAUGGAUUUCAAUUUAGAUAUUCUUCAGAGUAUAUGUAUAUAUUUUUUCUAUUAUGAAACUCUAACAAAA